CAUGUGGUUCUACUGCUGCCACAUUCAUCUGAAAACAUCGACCUCAAUGGAACCAGAGGAGCUCCGGGGUUGUGGCAAUGCACUUACACCUCCAGCAAGAAGUUUAAUCCUAAGGAAAGUAGCAUAUAUUGGCAGGGCAUAAAUUAUCCACACAUUGUUGUACACGCUUACAGAUACGGGGUACAAGAUUUUCAAUACCAAAACCAGCCAUAUAUAAAUAGGACAAAAAUCUUCACUGAUCAGUUACCUUCUGGAAACUUAUCACUCGUCAUUGAGCCGCUGAUGCUGAAAGAUGACCAGACCUCACUUGAAGUUGUUGUGUCGGGAAAAAUAGAAGGCUCAGAUAAGCUCUGCCAGACAACUCUGUAUGUAGCAGCUCCUUUCCAGAACCCAAACAUUGAGAUAAACCAAACAGAGAUGACAGCAACCUGCAGCACAAAUGGAGGAUACCCUGAACCUGAACUCAAAUGGAGCGGGGAUGGAGGGACUAAACUGGAACCACAAAAAACCACAAUGACUCGUGAAGCAGACCUCACCUACAACAUCAGCAGCAGAGUCAACGUCACUGGGUUACAGAAAGUGACCUGCACAGUUUACAACCCAACUUCAAACCAGACUCUGACUGCAACUAAAGAUGUGUCACCUAUCAAGAGUCCAG